UGUCAUAACAAGUUUGUUUGGAGGUGGAUUUCAUAAUUUAUAACGUCGAAAGUGCCUAAUUAACUAAUUGUUUCUAUAAAGACAAGUGACUUUUCUAAUUCGACUGCAAUCUCAAUUGAAUUUACAAAGCAUCAAGAUGAGAAUACGAAUUCUUGCAGUACUGGCAACUGCAAUAUUUGCACAAUGCAGUACAUCUUCCGAGUCACAGUUUGGUUUACAUACAUCAUCCAGUUCAUCACAAAUAAAGGGCUCAGAGAUAGAAGUGAUAGAGAAACGGAUCAAGAAGGUUCAAAUGAAAAGUGAAGACGCACUGUCAGAGGUUUCAUCAAAAUUUUCGCAUCAAGGUCACAACAUAUUUUACAAUCCACAAAUUGUUAUAGGAAGUGAUGUUAAAGCUUCAUAUAUCUCAGGGAAAAUAGAUGAUACAAAAUAUAAUGAACAAAAGACAGAUACAGUUUUAAUAGAUUGCAUGAAAAAUGAAACAGAGGCGAGUCUACAGCAAAACACAAUAAUAACAAAUAUAAUUCCGGAAGCGCCUGUUUUGCCACCACUUGUAAUGCCAGAACUGCCGAUACCUGUAAUAAUUGAAGAACCUGUUGUCAUUUUACCACCCAAAGUACCGGUACCAGUCAAAGAAGUGAUAAUACAACACGACACUGUUAUAAUGCCCGAAGUUCCAGUUAUAGUGCCGCAGCCAAUUGCAAUACCGAGUUGUAUGAUGGAGAAGAGUUACUUAGUUAAUGUUCCGUGCCCACCCACUAUUGCAGUUUCGCCGGAAAUCAUUGAAAAAAUAACAGUAAAAAAGCCUUUGCUAUUGUCCCAACCUUCCCCGGUUUUAAACCUACGUCUGCCAAAGAUACCGAUUGGAGUUGUAUAUAACAAACGUGUUGAGACAGUUAUGCCGUACUCCCAAGGUUUUGUCAGUACAACUCGAUUUCUGCCUUCUGUGAAAGUGACGAAAAUUCCAUUUGAAAGGUUUAGCCAACAAAAUAUAUUGAUUAGACCAUCACCAGAAGUAGUUGUUAAAAAUAUAGGUAGUGAAAUAGUUGGGCUCUCCUCCUUCUCAGCAUAUUGUGCUCAUAAUAUUGCUUUACAACGUGUACUACCAAACAUUAUUGUAGGUAAAUAAACUACAAUUACAAUUUUUUUUAAAAUAUGGCAUGUAACAAAUAAAAAUUAUUGUUGAAUGUU